AUGUUCAGACUCAUUAUCAAUUCUAGCCGCUCGGCCAUGAAGCGCUCCGCGGUUGCCAGGGGCGCUUACCACCGCCCCUUGCCUAUUGCGCCCGCUCACAACCGCUUCUCAACGACUUCUCGUGCAUCCUUCCACCCGUGGGUUCCCGGUUCUCAUACAUACCCCCAGACUGCAGAAUGGCACGUUGAGCUAUCCAACCAAGAUGUCGAGAAGCUCCUCAAGGACUACGAUCCUAAGAGGGUGGACGAGGACUAUAUGUGCCGUGCUGAAGGACCCGAUGAAAUGGGGAAUAUCGUAUUUCAUGUGUAUCGACGUUACACCCGCGGGGAACAGCUUCGUCUGCAGAUUGCGACUCAGGACGGUCGGGCGAGAAUUACAGAGAUUACGUGGGAGACAUUCGGACCGAGUGUCCAGGCUGAAGAAUGGAGGGCGAAAAGGUUUGCUAUAGAGAUAUGCAGAGAGUUUCUGGGUUGCGACAUGAAGGGAGCAAAGUAG